AUGGAUGUCUACUUGAAGAUUUGUUGUCACAAAACAACAAUCUUCACUGAGGCCAAAGAGAUGACAACUGUGCAUGAGUUGAAAAAGUUUGUGGAGGGAAUACUGCAGAGGCCACCAGAGGAGCAGUGGCUCUACAGAGAUUAUCAGCUGCUGGACAAUGAUAGCACUUUGCUAGACUGUGGUUUCAGCAUCCAAAGCUGCUGUCCUCAUGUUCCUGCCACAGUGAGCUUAGCUUUGUUCAGACCUGGCAAUGGCACCUUUGAGCCAUUGCAUAUUGACCCCUCCUCAAGCACUCCAGAGCUACCUGAUGUAAUGACCUCACAGGAGCCUUGUAGCACAAUGCUUGCACACUACAGCUGCUAA